AUGAAAUCUUGGCUCCUCUAUCCUUGUUCUUCUUCCUCUUCGUUUUCAUCAAUCUCUCCUCGAAUUCUUUUUUCUCUCAUUCCUCACAAUUGUAAAUCAUCUUCCUCUACCAUCCCAGAAAUAAUAGAUGUGCCCAGUCCCAAUCCAUCUGGUAUUGACACCAAGCGAACCUCAGAGUCCAAAAAUUCAAGCAAGAUCAAAACUUCUCAAGUUCCUAUUUCAGAAAACCCAGUUUUAACCCAAACCCAUGUCAUCAAAAGUCUUUUAUCUCAUAGGAAUGACCCAUUUUCAGCUUUGGAGUACUUCAAAUGGGUAGAGAAACAGAGGGGUUUUGCACGUGGAAGUGUGGUUCCUUUCUGUCUCUUGCUGCACAUUCUGGUAAGUUCUGGGAACCAUAACGGUGUAGUUAGAAAUUUGCUUAACAAUUAUGCAUCUAGUAAUUCAGUUCCCUCGGCUGUUGUUCUCGUCGAUCACUUUAUUGAUUGUGCAGAGAGAUUUGGUUUUCAGUUAGAUGCGCGGGUUUUUAAUUACUUGUUGAAUGGAUAUGUUAGAGCACGGAGAUUUGCAGAUGCUGUUGAUUGUUUUAAAGCAAUGGUUUCUUGUGGUAUAGCACCAUGGGCGUUGGUAAUGAAUAAUUUUUUGAGUACUUUGGUUAAAAGAGAUAUGAAUGAUGAGGCUUUUGAUUUGUUUAAUGAUGUGAUUUUAAAUAAAUUCAGUUAUGAUUGUGCAACUGUAAAUGUGAUGAUGGGUGCGUGUUUAAGGGAGGGUAAAGUGGAGGAGGCUGAGAAGCUUUUUAUGGAGGCCAAGGGUAGUGGAAUGAAGCUUGAUGUGGCUAUUUAUACUACUGCUGUUCGAGUUGCUUGUAUGAAACUGGAUGCAAAUGUUGCAUGUGAUUUGUUGAGUGAGAUGAAGAAGAUGAAUUGGGUUCCUUCUGAGGGUACAUUUACAAAUGUGAUUAUUACAUGUGUGAAGCAGAGGAAUUUAACUGAGGCAUUAAGGCUUAAGGAUGAGAUGAUAAGUUGUGGAUAUUUGAUCACUUUGGUUGUUGCUACAAGCUUGAUGAAAGGGUACUGUCAGCUGGGAGAUUUAAACAGUGCUUUAGAAUUGUUCGAUAAGAUUAUUGAAGAUGGACUGACUCCCAACAAGCACAGGACGUUGGACAUGCGGCACCCCAGCGCUGCCUUUACUGUCCAGGCACAACGUGCAAAUGUGCAAUCACAAUUUUGA